AUGCCCGCCCAACAGAAACCGGCCCGGUGGACGGUGUACCUGAAGAUUGCCGCCGGCGUCAUCUUCAUUGUCGCACUGCUCGUCCUCCUGCUAUGGGGCGUCCACAAGGGAAAACCAACAACAGACAACAAUGAAGCUGGUGAACCAGAACGGGAAGUUGAAGAGCCGCCGAUCAUCUGCAACAGCACCGAGUGCCAGGAGGCCAGCGCCUGGGUCAUGGAGACGAUGAAUCCCAAAGCUAACCCUUGCGAAGAUUUCUACGAGUUUGCGUGCGGAAACUUUCCAAAGGUGCACCCGAUUUCGGAAGACAAAUCCUUUGUUUCGACGUUGUCGCUGCUUCAAGACAAAGUGACUGACUCACUUUAUAAACUGCUGGUCAAGGAAGGCAAGAGAAGAAAGUCAGGAAUCGGAAGUGGAAAGAGGGUGGCAAAGUCCAUCGACCUGGCCGCCGACCUUUUUGACGUGUGCAUGGAUGAAGAAAGUCGAAAUCGCCUGGAUGUAGAGCCCUUUCGGGCGCAGCUGAAACAAAUGCUCGGCACUGAGUGGCCAAUAAUUGACGUCAAAAAAUUUGGCGACAACUUCCAAAAAGGCCGCGACAGUGUGGAGUUGUUUAUCGACGCAAUGGCCAACUUUCGGGCGGCUGGUUCAGAACCGAUCAUGAGCUUUGGACCGGACAUUGACGCCAAUAAUACUCUGCACCGGCUGAUUAGCUUCAAAGUGCCUGAAUUUGACCUGGAGGACUACCAAUACGGCGACACUAGCAAAUACAACGAUGAAGUGAGCGCCAACUGGGUUUACAUGCACGACAUGGCCAAGUUCUUUUACAAAGGCAAUGCAGAGGUGGCUGGCAAGAGCGAGGAAAUUGACCACCGUUUUGAUGAGAUUUUCCGCUUUGAACGGUCGCUUGCUAAUCUAGUCAACCUAAAAUCAAACCCGCUUAAUCCAAAGGACUGGUACUUUAAAACCAGCCUGCGCAACUUGAAUGCCCUCACCAGUCGACAAGGCUCAUCGUACUUUAACUGGACGUCGCUGCUUUUUAAAACCGCCUUUAACUUUGUCCUUCCCUACAAGAUCACCGACGAGGAGCAGGUGAUAGUGAAGGACUUGGAGUACUACAAGGGCAUGGUCCAACUGGUGUCCACCACACCGCUGCACGUCCUCUUCAAUUACAUGGGAUUUGCGCAGAAAACCAAAGGUCUAAAGGCAAUGCCUCGUCACUGGGAGGGCUGCCUGGAGGAGGUGAGACGCCUUUUUCCGAUGCCUCUCAGUCGCCUGUACGUGGAUGCGGUCGUUCCGCCGGAAACCAAAGUGGCCGCUGAGAGCAUUGUCAGCCACGUGGCGGAGUCAUUUGCAAAAACGAUCAAGAAGCACACGCCCUGGCUUGAUAAGGUAACGAGAGAUAGAGCGGAAGAGAAGCUGGCCAAGAUCAAGUACCUGGUUGCCUAUCCAGACUGGAUCUCUGAUAACAGUCAGCUUGAUGCCGAUUUUGGUCUGAGACCAGGUUCAACGGAUGAUGAGCUACUGAAGAUAGUUCCUGGAAAGUACUUUGAGUCACUGAACAAUAUCCGACGGUUUGUGGUGGCUAGAGAGUUUAGAGAACUGAAAAAGGUUCAUGAUCCAGAUAAAGAUUGGAUCAUGUCGCCCACUACGGCAGACGUCGAUUACUCGACAGUGGCCAAUACUAUUG